GAGUGCGGUUGGAGGCUAGAGCGAAGCCAUGGAUUCUGUAGUCUUCCAGCUGUGGGCUGCCCUCUGUCUCUUGGUUCACCUUGCCUCUUGCAGUCCCAUCCUGAGCUUGGAGCACUCUUCCUUGGAGGAAGAUGUGCCUCUUUUCGACGAGAUUCUCUCCGAGCAGGAUGGUGUCGAUUUCAACACGCUGCUUCAGAAUAUGAAGAAUGAGUUUUUGAAGACGCUGAACCUCUCUGACAUUCCCCUGCACGAAACGGCCAAAGUGGAUCCGCCAGAGUACAUGCUAGAGCUGUACAACAGGUUUGCCACAGAUAGGACAUCGAUGCCAUCUGCAAAUAUUAUUAGGAGCUUCAAAAAUGAAGACUUGGCUUCCCACCCCACUGGUGUUACAGGAAUUAGGAAAUAUCCUCUUCUCUUCAAUGUUUCUGUCCCUCACCACGAAGAAAUCAUCAUGGCAGAGCUGAGGCUCUACACCUUGGUGGAGAGGGACCAAAUGCUCUACAAUGGGCUUGACCGGAAGGUCACUAUUUUUGAAGUGCUGGAAAAUGACCAUACGGGGGUAGGAGAAGAGAGAAAGAUGGUGGCACUGGCAUCCAGACACAUCUACGGCACAAGCAGUGAGUGGGAGAGCUUCGAGGUCACUGAAGCCAUCAGGCGUUGGCGAAGGGCAGGGCUGACCACCCACCGGCUGGAAGUUCAUAUAGAGAGCAGGGAAGGGGAGGAGCAGAAUGGAGAGGGGAAGCUCGAUAUCGACAUCAACUCUGAGGCUAAGCACGUGCCCCUGUUGAUUGUGUUCUCUGAUGACCAAAGCAAUGACAAGAAAGAGGAGAAGCAAGAGCUGAACGAAAUGAUAGACCAUGAGCAGCUCCUGGACUUGGAGAACCUGGAAGCUGGCAACCACCACAGCCAGCCUGGUGAGGAGGCACUGCUCCAGAUGCGCUCCAACAUCAUUUAUGACUCUACUGCUCGAAUCCGGAGGAACGCAAAAGGCAACUACUGCAAAAAGACUCCACUCUACAUAGAUUUCAAGGAGAUUGGCUGGGAUUCCUGGAUCAUUGCCCCAGCAGGCUACGAAGCUUACGAGUGCCACGGAGUGUGCUCCUAUCCCUUAACAGAGCACGUCACACCAACAAAACAUGCCAUUGUCCAAACUUUGGUUCACCUGAAGAAUCCCCAGAAAGCCUCCAAGGCCUGCUGCGUGCCCACCAAACUCGAUCCCAUCUCCAUUCUCUACUUAGAUGCAGGGGUGGUCACGUACAAGUUCAAAUAUGAAGGAAUGGUGGUAUCAGAGUGUGGCUGCAGAUAGUAGCAGGGAACACAUGCCCAGGGGAGUUCACAGGGGGAGUAUUUAAUGAUUCAGUCUGUAAAUUUGUACAUUUCGGAUUUCCUAUUUAAUAAGGUUAUUUAAUGAGGCAUGUACAGAUAAUUGUAUGUUUCCUGCUGUGGGGAAUGGGCAAGUUGUACAACUGUAGGGAAUGUAUAUUUUGUUCCAUUGCUUGCUUCUUGCUCUUCUUUGCUUUCCAAAUUACGACUGAGUUUCUCUUCCUAUGAGGACAUAGAGCAGAUCACUGGAUUACUUGGGAGGGCUCUUUGUGCCAAAGGGGCGCAUUCAAAGUCACAGAAAUAAAGAUGUAUUUUUGUACUUUAUAAAUGUUGAUUUGCAUCGAUAGGGAUUUCCAGAGCUGUUAAAGAUAGGUGAACUCUGGGCAAUACACACCUAGGUUGUUUAGUUUUGUGUAAAAUCUUUGUAACACGCUCAGAUUACUUUUUUUCCUACAUUUACCUUAAGUCCUCAUGGUUUUCGGUCUCCUAAAUCCCUAAGGCACAACAAGGUGUUAGACUUUUCGCCUUUUUUCUUAAUCCUUUCUUGACUCUUUCCCUGCCUCAGUUAAAGGUAACUGGCAGGGUUGAUUAGCAAUCUGGAGCAGAUGGGAACCAUUCCCUUUCCUGUCUUUUGUCGUGAAGCGAUGGGCCCAGGAGCAAUGUCGGGCACGUGCCACUCCCUAACGUCCCUAAGAUGUUCCCCUUGUGCGUGUUUAUUACAAAAGCGCCCCAUACAAAGCAGCUCUGGCUCUGUUACGUUAGCCAUGUGUUGUCGCUUGAGGGCCAGAGUUUUAGGUGGCAGAAAUGAGUGCAGCAGAUUUCCUGAAUCUUUGAAACUGUACCGCUUUCCAUCUAGGAAAUCAAUUCCCCAUCCCAGUAAACCACGUACAACACAGCAACGCAACCCAAUUCAAACUGGCAAGUAGUAUUGCAUUUAGACCUAGACAGAAAAUGACCCCCCAUCUUCAUGCCAGCUAGAUAGAGAGGAUCUUUCCUUUGUGCAUGUAUUGGAGUUGUUAAUUCAUAAAGAUAUUGGGCCCCUCCUCUUACACUAUAUGUGAUGGAGUCACAUGCCAUGUUUCCGCCACUCUUCUGCAACAAAUGGUGGUGAUAAGAAGGUGUCGGAGCUGAGAAACAAUAGUCCCGUCACUUUAUUUAUACUAAGCUGCAAAUUUGUCAGAUUCUUGGGAAAGUGUAAGUGACAUUGACUCUUUUAGCCUGUUCCAGAGCCUCCUGUAGGGUCCCUGCAUUGUUUUUUACACUUUUAAGGGAAAGUUAUCUUCCCUGGAAGUGAUAAAGGUCUUGAAAGAAUCACUCUAUUACUUCACAUGAAUGAACACAAAAGACUUUAUCACACACCAACUAAAAUCGGUUUCACCUAUUUUCACACACACUCUUCUGUGCUUCCCAUAAUUUAUUGACCUAUUUAUUGACUGCCUGCCUUUGUAAUAUAAUGUAGAAUACAGAAUGUUUUAUUUUUGUGCUUGCGUGUAAUCCAACUGGGAUAAAACCUUGUGUCCACCCUAUUUCAUAUGGAAUCUCUCUGUUAAGUUGUGCUGCCAAGACUGAGGUUGCUGAUUUUUUUCUUCCCUAGACAUUUGUAGACACCGUAGACCACAGCACCUCCCUUGCUUACAGAGCUGUUCACUCACUGCAGCGAUUUAAACAGCCUUCUGGAGCACUUAUGGUCUUGUCCAAUGUUAAACUACUCUUGCAGGGGUAUCAUUGCUUUAAGUGGUCAACCGUGUCAUUUAUUGUCGAGUUGCGCAGUCUCCACUCGUGCUGCGUGUUUCCAGAUAGCGGGCUGCGCCAUGGCGCUAGAUUGCUUUAUGCCUCUACAGAUCGCACCCUGCGAGUGACUGGCACUGCUCACAGCCGUCUCCCCUCAGCUACACCGCAAUCUCAGCCAGCGGUUAAUGGCACGUUAAAAGAAUUCACAAGAGGUGUGAUAUUCUGCUCUGCUGACAUGAACUGCAGCAGCCAACGGUUGAAGUGUGACCACACAGAUCCUUUCAAAACUAUCCACUAUUCUUAUGAAGCCAUUUGCCAAGACAAACCAUUCACCUUGUUAGGAGCGAUAAUCCAGCAUUAAGGAGAUAAUCUGACAUUUGCCUUUAUCAUUUCUUUUCCACAACUGUUCCCGUGGCAGUGAUCUGACCAGCCUGCUUUUUGCACCCCUGAGCAGCGCCAGCAUUUCUGAAUGGCGGGUAGGAGGACCUUGGAACCUUGGGAACGAGUAACCUGCUGUAAUCACCCAUAAUCACUAUAAAUUUUCAAGCAAAGCAGAGCGCCUGCCUUCGCACUCUCUUAUUGGCAGAGAUUUGUUGUAAUAGAGCAGACACUCUGCAGCGCAUCACAGUGCAAGCACGGCUGGGCGUGUCAUUUGAUCAGGAAACCUGCAUGUGUGAAUUUUUACAAGAUCGGUAAAAGUAGCUUUUUAAAAGUAAGGGCCAGCCAAUCUUUUGACCUUAGUAACUUUUCUUUAUAAAGAACCAAGGACUGCAUUGCUGAGUGAAGAGGAUUCCAGCUCCAAUUUGUGGUGAGAAACUGUAAAGCAUGAGAUGCGUCCUGUUGUGCUGCGAGAAAAGCGAACAGCUCUGCAUCCUUCAGCUGCACCUCUGCUGGUCCCGAUCUGCGAUUAGAACCGUUGAGAAUGGUAUUACAUUUAUUGAUGUGUGUCUCAGGACUGCAUGCCUGCUUUAUAAGCAAAACCUUACCUUGUUGACUAUUAUUACACAAAGACAUUUACUGGAUGUUCAUGCAGUUAAACGGCAGAGAUGAGGCAAAAUAGCACCAAGAAAAAUAAGGUCUGUUGUUUUAUAAAGAGCUUUCUCUAAGGAGCAAAUUAAGGGGUUUUUUUUUCUGCAAGUUCAGAAGUGCUUCGCUUUAAAUACUCCUGCCCAUACAGAUACAACACUGACAAAUAAUACAGUGAGUGCAUGACGAGAGCCAGUGCUGCUGGGCUGUAAGUGCUGGUAACGCCAGUGACAAGUCCCUGAACAAAUAGUCCACUGCAUGCUUUCAUUUUCUUUGUUUCUUUACUUCAUCCAUCCAUCCAUCCAUCCAUCCACCGAUAUUAGAACUGCAUCUUUCUGUUUGCAAAAGAAUUGAUUGUUCACAUUAAAUACUGUGCACUGAUUUU